GGGGCGUCUCUGGUGCGGGGCUGCCCCCUUGAGGCCAGGGGGUGGGCCUGGUGGCUGGGAGGGGCGGCCCCCCCCCCCCCGGGCUCCCCAGAGCUGGGGCUGGUGCAGUCUGCGGGCGCAGGGCGCAAGAAGCCCCCGUCCAUCAUGGCCCCUCUGCUCGCCUGGUGGCUUCGUUCCCACACGGCAUGUGAGGGGCUCAGCCGGGUCGGGGGGCCGAGGAGACUCACGUGCCCCGGGGUCCUGCUCCCCCCUCGCAGGGAGACGGAGGGCGUCCCCAGCACAGCCAUCCGGGAGAUCUCGCUGCUCAAGGAGCUGAACCACCCCAACAUCGUCAAGCUGCUGGACGUGAUCCACACGGAGAACAAGCUCUACCUGGUCUUCGAGUUCCUCCACCAGGACCUGAAGAAGUUCAUGGACUCGGCCUCCCUCAGCGGCAUGGCACUGCCCCUCAUCAAGAGCUACCUGUUCCAGCUGCUGCAGGGCCUGGCCUUCUGCCACUCCCACCGCGUGCUGCACCGCGACCUCAAGCCCCAGAACCUGCUCAUCAAUGCUGACGGCGCCAUCAAGUUGGCCGACUUUGGGCUGGCGCGGGCAUUUGGCGUGCCUGUCCGCACCUACACCCAUGAGGUGGUGACUCUCUGGUACCGGGCCCCUGAAAUCCUGUUGGGCUGCAAGUACUACUCGACGGCUGUGGACAUCUGGAGCUUGGGCUGCAUCUUUGCUGAGAUGAUCCCCCUCCCAGCCCUGUUCCCUGGUGACUCCGAGAUCGACCAACUGUUCCGCAUCUUCCGCACGCUGGGCACCCCGGAUGAGGCUGUGUGGCCUGGAGUUACCUCCAUGCCCGACUACAAGCCCAGCUUCCCCAAGUGGGCCCGGCAGGACUUCAGCAAGGUGGUGCCCCCGCUGGACGAGGAGGGCAGGAAGCUCUUGGCUCAAAUGCUGCACUACGACCCCAACAAGCGCAUCUCGGCCAAGUCAGCACUGGGCCACCCCUUCUUCCGGGAUGUCACCAAAGCUGUGCCACACCUGCGCCUGUGAGGCUGCCCCGGGGCAGGGAGCCAAUGCCCAGCCUCACCGGAGCCCUCCUCCCUGCCCCUUGCCGCCCAGCUCCGAACUGACUGUGGGGCCCAGAGGGGCUGGGGCCUGCCCAGCUCCCACCCUGGUUGCAGCUCCUUGCCCUCGGCGUGGAUCAGGCUCUGAUGCUGGCAGCAGGGCUCCUCUCCUGUUGCCUUUCCCAGCAUCUGCCCCCCUCGUCCCGAGGGCCUUUCACUGGGUUCCCCCCAGCCGCAGCAAUCGCUCUGCAGUGACAGGCAGGAACUGCCAAGGACCCAGCAAGGAACGGAUCCCGCUGCCGGCACCAGCAGCUGGGCCCCUAGGGCUCCUACCCAGCCUCCGCCUUCCUCUGGCAGGAUCGGUCCCUCCCUGUAUAUCUGCACUGGACCCAGGGGGGUGGCCUCAGUGCUGGGCCUGGCUGCCUCCAUGGCAAAGGCAGGGGGUGGGGUGCCCCCCCAUACAUGUGAAGCUCACAGCUUCUGUGCCCAGAGGCUGCUGGCCUCAUGAACUCAGAUUGGAGCGAGGGGCAGGAGCUGCUGUGAGCACCACAUCCAGGGGGCUUGUCCGUGCCCUGCUAUAGCAAAUAAGGGAAGAGGUGGGGAGCAGCCCCAGCUGGAGUAACAGUUUCUCCUUGCUAGCUGCUCAAGCGUGGGCCAGAAGCCACAUCUCCCUUGCUGGGCAUGUGAUCCUUCCCCUGGAGCUGGCCUCUUGGUGCUUCCCCCUCUCCAGGGAACAGAGCCCUUUCUCUGACCCCUUGCUGAGCAAGAAAGGCAGGGCCCGGACUGAGCUCCGGAUCCAAUGGGAACUUGCCAGAGCUCAGGACCAGCAUCAGUGCGCACCUGGCGCCAGCAGGAGGGCUGUUUCCCAACACAGAGCUCCAGCCCCCUGGUCCUCAGAGCUACUGGAGGGAUCGGCAUCAGCGGCGGCGGCUGGGGGCACGAGGUGCCUUGCGGGGCAGCAUGUGCACAGCGCGGUGGGGGGGCGGGUUUUAAAGCAGUUUGUACAGAGUUGAUUAGAAAAAGCACCUUGGCCUUUUUUGUAAACGAAGCUCUUUUUUUAAGGCAGAUGAGCCCUGUCGAGUAUUUUUACCUCUGACUCUGUCUUGCCGAGUUUUCAUACCAAGUGUCACAUCUUCUGUACUGAGUUCACGGAUCAUUAAAAGAUUUUUCUGCGUUUUA